AUGACUAUCAGGGUUGAUCGUACGUAUACAUAUGUGUACCAGACCCCGUCACCGGGAAAGCGCCUCUCGAUUUUCAUGUACACGACGCAAGACGUUGAUAAGUUGAUAGACAUCCGUCUCGCCACCUCCUCCUUUCCUUGCCAGAGAAGACCCUGGGGUGAACAAGACCUUUGCAUCAUGAUUGACAUGGAACAUCCAGGGAACACGGCGAAGCCCAAUUUCCCCGGAGAGAGAGAGAGAGAGAGAGAGAGAGAGAGAGAGAGAGAGAAGCUGAGUAACAUGGUCGCACGGCCCGACCAAGCCGACAGCCGUACAGACCGACACAUUGAAGGUGCAGGAACCCCUCCAGACUUUCAUGCCUCAGCCUCCCUUGCUCUUUUCCCUUUACCCUUUUCUGUGGGCCAACUCGAUUUGGAAGCAAUUUCAAACCGCCCGGCGUUACAUGAUUGCGGCAUCCUUCCUAAUCGGGACGGCAUGGUGGCGGAGACGCGCAAGCGUCCGUCUUGGCAUAGCACAAGAUCUGGCUGGAGGUUCGAGGGAACUUUGGGAGCCUGA